ACGAUCCGAGUCUCCCUCAGCGGUUCUCCAGGUUCUUGGCGCCAACACGAGCCCCGGGCUCCGUCCCCUGCUGGAACUAUUCAGACGCGCAAGACACGUAACCAGCAGUCCUCCGCCCCGUUAAAUAGUCCUGCCUAGGAUGCCUCGGUGACGCACUUUUCCACCUCAGAAGUCCCUCAGCAGAUAUGCUAUGAGCCUCGGAGGUGCAUCAUCUUUCUGUUCAAAUGGGAGUAUGGGUUUUCUGAUCAUUUUCCCUUCACAGAUUCCUCCGCCAGAAAUCUUACUCGCGGCGUCUUCAUUUCCGGGUCCGCCAUUUCCUUGCCUCUGUUUCUCCACGAGGGGGGGUUAAAGGCCCCCAAAACAUGCACACAUGAAAAGGGCAAAAAGUAACCGUCCUUGACAGGCAGUCUUAACUAGAGAAGGAAACGGGACUAAACUGGCGGGCUCCGUGGAAGCGCGGCCGGCAGCGUCCCGGACGAGGAGAUGUCUUUGGUGGACUUGGGAAAGAGGUUGCUAGAGGCAGCAAGAAAAGGCCAAGAUGAUGAAGUGAGAACAUUGAUGGCAAACGGCGCCCCAUUCACCACAGACUGGCUUGGAACAUCACCCCUCCACCUUGCAGCUCAGUAUGGUCAUUAUUCCACAGCAGAAGUACUCCUUCGAGCAGGUGUUAGCAGGGAUGCCCGGACUAAAGUAGACAGGACCCCCUUGCACAUGGCUGCUGCGGAUGGACAUGUACACAUCGUGGAACUGCUUGUUCGGAAUGGUGCAGAUGUGAAUGCCAAGGACAUGCUGAAGAUGACAGCUUUGCAUUGGGCCACAGAGCGCCACCAUCGAGAUGUUGUAGAGUUACUUAUCAAAUAUGGAGCUGAUGUCCAUGCUUUCAGCAAAUUUGAUAAAUCUGCCUUUGACAUAGCUCUGGAGAAAAACAAUGCUGAGAUUUUGGUCAUCCUCCAGGAAGCAAUGCAGAAUCAGGUGAAUGUUAAUCCAGAGAGAGCCAACCCUGUGACUGACCCUGUGACUAUGGCUGCUCCAUUCAUCUUCACAUCGAGAGAGGUUGUUAACCUCACAAGCCUUGUUUCUUCAACCAACACCAAAACAACCUCAGGUGACCCCCAUACCUCAACAGUACAGUUUUCAAAUUCUGCCACCUCAGUGCUGGCUACCCUUGCAGCUCUUGCUGAGCCAUCUGUCCCCUUCUCCAACUCACACAGAGCCACAGCCAAUUCAGAGGAAAUUAUAGAGGGAAAUUCCAUUGACUCAUCAAUCCAGCAAGUAAUGGGGAGUGGAGGCCAGAGGGUCAUCACCAUAGUAACUGAUGGAGUCCCUCUGGGUAAUAUCCAAACUUCAAUCCCUACUGGAGGCAUUGGCCAGCCAUUUAUUGUAACUAUGCAAGAUGGACAGCAAGUUCUAACUGUACCUGCUGGUCAGGUUGCAGAGGAGACUGUAAUUAAAGAGGAAGAAGAAGAGAAGUUGCCACUAACAAAGAAACCAAGGAUAGGAGAGAUGACAAACAGUGUGGAGGAAAGCAAGGAAGGCAGUGAAAGAGAGCUACUACAGCAACAACUCCUGGAGGCCAAUCGAAGAGCCCAGGAAUACCGACACCAGCUCCUAAAGAAAGAGCAGGAAGCAGAACAGUACCGUCUUAAGCUGGAGGCCAUAGCCCGACAGCAGCCCAGUGGAGUUGAUUUUACCAUGGUUGAAGAGGUGGCUGAGGUAAAUGCUGUAGUAGUCACAGAGGGGGAGCUGGAAGAGAGAGAGACACAAGUGACUGGGUCUGCAGGGACCACAGAGCCUCACACUAGAGUUUCCAUGGAAACUGUUUCAUCUUAAUAUGCAAGGGCCACAAUUUGCACUGUGUUCAUAUUAGUCCUCUUUUAAAAAAGAAAAUAUACAGAAGACAAACAUUGCAUAAAAACUAAGAGUGUCUUUAAGAAGAAAACUAUAGCAGGGUGCAACGCUUGGGCUCAGGAAGGUUCUCUGUGCAAUUGGAAAAUUCAAAGCCAUAUUUAGGGAACAUUUCUUCUGAGGGGCCAAAAGAAUAAGGACCAAAUUUCUUAGCUCACAUCAUUGCUUUAAGCAUAGAAGUAAAAGAAUACUGCAUGCUGUGGGUUGAUUUUUUUUUUUUAAUAACUAACUUUCUCACAGAAGAUUUUAAGAUAACAUUUCUAAUAUAUAUGCACCAAUAUAUAUGCCUUUAAUAAUUA